ACAAACAGUAUGAAGUUACCAAUCGUGUUGCUAUUGGCGGUGGUGGUCGUCUCGGUCGCCGUGGCCAAGACCGUACCAAAGAAGUCGUCGCUGCCUUUGGAGCUAGUGGCCAGAAUGGUUGGCAACUUCCCCCAGGAACCGAAGGCUCCGGAAGGCUAUGUGCGAAACCCGCGUACCGUCGAGGGUCGCUUCACGUCCCGCAGGAACCACUUCGACCCGCAGGAUCGCAACACGUUCGAGUUCAACUAUCUGACCAACGACCAGUACUACCGCGAGGGAGGUCCGCUCUUCGUGGUCGUCGGUGGUCACCGUCCGAUCAAUCCGUACUUCAUGGAGAACAGCCACUUCCGUGAUGUGGCUGCCCUGCAGGGUGCCUUUUUGGCCACGAAUGAGCACCGUUACUUUGGAACCAGCUCACCCGUGGAGGACUACUCGGCGGAAAACCUUCGCUUCCUGCGCACGGAGCAGGUCUUGUUUGAUCUGAUUGAGUGGAUCGACUUCUUGAAACGUGAGGUGAUGAACAACCCGAAUGCACGCGUCAUCCUGCACGGCUAUGGAUACGGUGGAGCUAUCGCGUCCUGGGCUCGCCAGCGCUUCCCAAACAUCAUUGAUGGUGCGUGGGUGUCCAGUGCCACCGUGCGUGCGACCGUUAACUUCAACGAGUUCGUCGAAGAUGUUGGUAACACAAUCCGCAUUAAGGGCAGUACCGAAUGCCAUAAUGCCAUUUUCCGUGCUUUCCACACCGCUGAGAAUCUGCUCGAUGCCGGCCGCUCCGACAUUGUCUCCAGCAUGUUCAACACCUGCGACGAUAUCGACGCGGAGAAUUCGCUCCAGGUUGAGCUGUUCCUGCAUCUGAUGGUGCUCUCGCUUGAGCUGUCCAUGUUUGACGACUACGAUCUCGAGAACUUUGAACGCGUGUGCGAUCAACUGACAGACGAUCAGUACGAAACCCCUAUGGAAGCUUUGGCGGCUUUCUUGAAGAACCGCUAUGUCGAGAUACGCGAUUGCUUUGAUCUGUCAUUUGAGAACUUCAUCUCGAUCCUCGGCGAGACCGACAUCAACGCCCCGCAGAACCUCGAGUAUGGACUGCGCCAGUUGAACUAUCACGUCUGCACCGAGUUCGGCUACUUCCAGACGGCUCAGUCGCCCUACCAGCCCUUCGGGUCCAAGGUUGGCUACGACCUCUUCCUGCAGGAGUGCGCAGCCGUUUUCGGCGAAUGGCUCACCCAGGACAUCAUCUACGAGGGUGUGCGUCUGACGAACUUCCACUACGGCGCAACGGACCCGCGCACCACGAACGUGCUGUUCACCAACGGUGGCAUUGAUCCAUUCCGACGUGUCUCGAUCACCUACUACCAGAACCUGUUGGCCAAUGCGCGCGUAACACCGGCCGCCUUCUUCACCGAGGAUAUCCGCUCCAUCAGCGGCUACGAUUCAGCGGAGAUGCUCGAGACCAAGCACAUGGCCGAGGAGUACAUCUCCUCUUGGCUCGGAUCGCAGAUCAGCCCCUUCCGGAAGUAA